UUAUUCUAACUCUUCCACCGAUCCAACCACAAGCUCCUCCUCAUCGCAUUGAUUCCCAAAGUUUGAAAAGUCCAAUCGCAGUCGCGGAUCUCCUUCCUUGCCAUCGCUGAGCUGUUCCUGCUAUUUUUUGGUCGCCGCCUUCUUCUUCUUCGAUGAAAGCGCAGCUGAACAGGCUCGGAAAUGGAGGCGAUCCGGCAAGGUACGGUGUGCUGGAUAGCAGAGGGAGGAAUCCGGUGGCCGCCGUCUCCACUCACUCCGCCGUGAAGCUGAUCAUCGCCGCCUUCGUCGGCCUCCUCUUCCUCGUCUUCCUCAUCUCUAACAAUGCGACUUUUAGUUGGAGCGAUCAAGGAGGAGAUCCACACCCAAAACUCACAUUGAACCAACCGAUUGAACCGGAUUCAAGAAGACCCAUCACGUUGGUCUGCCCGAACCAACCGGCCCGAACCGAAUCGGCACCGCCCGUCAUCCAAUGCCGGGGAUCGCCGCCCCCUCCUCCUUACGCCGCCCGCCUCCGCCCCUCCGCUGCCUGCCCCGAAUACUUCCGCUGGAUCCACGAGGAUCUACGACCAUGGAGAGAAACUGGAAUCACCCGCGAUAUGGUCCUGCGAUCGCGCCCCUUCGCGACGAUCCACAUGGUGGUCGUCGGCGGCCGCGUCUACGUGCAGGAGUACUUCGGCCGCGGCCUGUCGCGGAACGUGUUCACCCUGUGGGGUAUUCUACAGCUCAUCCAGCGGUACCCAGGCCGCGUGCCGGACUUCGAGCUGGUGUUUAAUUGCAUGGACAUGCCGUCGGUGAAGGCGGCGGAGUACAACGCUUCGACCGGCCCACCGCCGCCGCUUUUCCACUACUGCAAGGACGACAAGACGAGGGACAUCCUCUUCCCCGAUUGGUCCUUCUGGGGAUGGCCGGAGACGAACAUAAGGCCAUGGGUUCCCUUGAUGAAGGAGAUGAAGGAAGGCAAUGCAGAGGUGAAAUGGACGGAGAGAGUACCGUAUGCUUACUGGAAGGGCACUCCUUUCAUGGGCGGCACCAGGCUCGACCUUGUCAAGUGCAAUGUGACCAAAGAACGAGACUGGAAUGCUCGAAUCUAUGCACAGGAUUGGAACAAAGAAUCGAAGCAAGGGUAUCACCGGUCAAAUCUGGCCAGGCAAUGCCACCACAGGUAUAGGAUUUAUGUGGAGGGACUUGCGUGGUCUGUGAGCCAGAAGUACAUCAUGGCCUGCAACUCACCGACGCUCUUUGUUGACACUAAGUUCAUUGAGUUCUUCCAACGUGGCCUCAUGCCCAGCCGCCAUUACUGGCCUGUUGCUGUGAACAACAAGUGCAGGGCCAUCAAAUUCGCUGUUGACUGGGGUAACGCUCACCCGGAGGAGGCACAAGCUAUGGGCAAAGCCAGCAGUGAUUUCUUCCAGGAACAAGUGACAAUGGAUCAUGUUUAUGAUUACAUGUUGCACUCAAUUACAGAGUACGCCAAGCUUCUGAGGUAUCAGCCUAGUGUACCAGAAGGCUUCACUGAAGUUUGCAUGGAGUCUUUGGCCUGCCAUGCUUCAGAGAAGACCAAGGAAUACAUGUUGGAAUCCAUGGAGAGGUGGACAAGUGACACAGAACCCUGUGCAUUAGAUCCACCCUUUACUUCAGACGAGCUCCAGAAGCUGCUCGAGACAAGGGAGAACAAUGUGAAGCAAGUGGAGACGUGGGAGCAGCAAGCUGGGGAGGAACAAGGGAACAAGAACUAGCCAUUUCAAUGCUUCCACAUCUUUUGAUAAAGCCAUCAAAUUUGAGGAAAUGAGCUUCAAGUUGUUCCAAUUGGAAACUGAACUACUGCAUGAGUCAGUGUAGUUGAAUGGAGAAUAAACACCAUAUGACUUGGGAGCCUUCUUUUAGCCAUUUCCCCCCCUUUUUGGUGAUUACCAAUAACGUUGGCACUAUUCUUUUCGUGAUCUCAUUCUAAUUGUAUGACAUGGAUUAAGAUUGUUUUGGUUUCUGUGUCUUUCAAUCUGCAAAAGUGUAUUCGUUAGCUGUAAGAGUUGAAAAAGAAUGUCUUGAUGAAGACCAUGUGUAGAAAUUCCUCAGAGUUAACUUUGCAAGAAAAAUGAAAGGUGAAUGUAGCAAAUGCAAGUAAACAUGACCA